AUGAUGAUGACGUGCCGUCUGCUGUGCGCCCUGUUGGUGCUCGCCCUGUGCUGCUGCCCGUCCGUGUGCGUUGCAAGGGAUACGCCGGUUCAAGCUUCUUCCCAGAUGACGACAAACAGUGCAACACAGGCAUCAACGGAUAACAAAAAGGUUAUUGUUCAACCUGAUGGAAAAGGUUCUAGUUCAUUUUCCUCCGCUACAGUGGGUCUACAAGGGAAGGAUCAGUCAGAAGAGUCAUUGGCUUUGGUCCCCGUUGGAGACAAGGGAACAAAAGCCGACGCGGGUCCAGGUGCGCCCACUCCGGAAAAGCAAUCAAAGAACCAGAACAAUGUGGUAAAUGCCGAAGGUAAGAAAAGCACAACAGAGUCACAAAGUGGUACGAGCAGCUCUCCGGAAAAUGAAGAUAAUAAAGCCGAAGAUGCUCCCACGAAGACGACCACUACAACACAGGCACCAAAUAAAACGACCACGACAACCACCACUGCGCCAGAGGCACCAAGUACUACGACAACGGAGACGCCAACCACGACGACGACCACCCGCGCACCGUCACGUCUUCGCGAAAUCGACGGCAGCCUCAGCAGCUCUGCGUGGGUGUGUGCCCCGCUGCUGCUUGCCGUGUCCGCGCUGGCGUACACCGCUCUGGGCUGA